GACCUCUUUCAAGGUUUUCUCUCGUGUGUUUUUCAUAUUCAAUACCCCUAUUUUCAAUUUUAAUUUUGUUUCUAAAAAAUUCGAUUUCUAAACUUGGUUUAUUUUCUACAAAAGAUUCUGGUUGGAAGAGACCUCAAAUUAUAAAAAGUAAUUAAUGAAGAAAAAGCUGUGAUAAAGCGUCGAGGGUUAUGCAUCUUGGAAAUAUUAUCACCCUGGUCUCUUUUUCUGUGGCACUAUCCUCCAAUUUAGAAGCAGAUCAUGAAGUCCAGGAAAAAAAAUCAGAAUCUUCAGCACCUCGACCAGUCAAUCAACCCAAAGACCAGAAAAUGUCACAAAAUGAUUUUUCUCUAAAAAACAACAGUGAAGAAAUAAUUAAAAGGACUAAUUUUAUAUCUUAUUUUAAUCCGUAUUCAAAAUAUGGAUCUAAGUUGAACCCGCAAAGAGAAAAGAAGAGAAGAAAAACAGGAAAGUCGAUUAAAGAAGAAAGAGAUGGUCGCCAGAUAAAAAUAGACGCCGGAAAUUUGCCCGACGUUUCCCAACUAUAUGACGAAAUUAUUGGCAAAAUCCGAAAGCUUUUGGAAAGUGAGAUCAAGGAGAUAAACAGUAUGUCUGAGCAGAGAUCAAGUACGAACCAAGCCGAGAAAGAAUCAAUUCUAUUCGAUUCAACUCUCAGACCAUUUCAUUCAACUUCCAAGCCGUUCGAUUUAGUGGGGAAAAUUGAAACAAUGGAAGCAGAAAAGGAAAAAUAUGAGCCUAGUGUAAAUUUUAAUAAAACCGAAAUAAUUGAAGAAACCAACAAUCAGGUUUAUAAAAGGUAUGAGACAAUUUCUCAAGAGGAGACAGAGAAUAUCGAGAAGGUGUCGAUUGAAAUAGUUCCUGAUAAUCACGUAAAAAAGGGGAGGCCUUUAGAAGCAUCAUUGGAUGAAAAAACUCAACAUGGGCAUGUUAGUAUGAUGAAGCUUUCGAGAAAUGGCGGAAUCGAAAAUCAUCUUUCUAGAAAAGAAAUUGGAAGUCCAACUUGGAGAAGCGAGUUAUCUGACAACAAACAACAAACUCAGAAUGUCAAGUCCAGUGAAAGCAUCGUUUACUUUAAAAUUUCCUCAAGCUCCCAAGAACCAGAAUCUAAUGUAACGAAACUAGUUCAGGGGUCAGAGAAACUUCCGACUUUGGUAGCACUCGUUAAGCAGUCUUCAGAAGCUUCUAGAAUUCACUUGAAUGACGAAAAGGCCAAAAAGGAAAAGAAACCGAUCGAGAAAAUACAGAGCAGAACGAAGGAAGAAUCUAUUGAACCAAGGGAAGAAGAUCUUUUAGAAGCAGCAAAUUUUGGGAUGCAGGCUAUGAAUGACCUUUAUUAUAUCAAAGAACCAAAAUUAUACUCAUUGGGACUGUUUCUUAGCACUAACAACCCCGCACGCUACGUCGCAAAUUUUAAUGACCAAUCAGAUGAAGCUCGACAUUUAGCAAAAUUUGGAUACGCUGCUCUCGAAGGAACAAAAUUAUUCAUUAGCAAAUAUCCCGAAAUUUCAAGAGAAAAUUCUAUAGUUCAAUUUACUACAAGAAGUGCUUUACAUCGUCAGUGUCCUAGAAGAGGAAUUCCUCAAUGUCCUCCUGCCAGUUUACGAUACAGAACUGCCGAUGGAAGUUGCAAUAAUCCUCAAAAACUUUGGUGGGGUUCUGCAAUGUCCACGAUGCAAAGAUUUCUGCCACCAGUUUAUCAAGAUGGCGUUCAAAGUGUGAGAAGAUCAGUGAGCGGUGAUUUGUUACCAAGUGCCAGAGAAGUAUCAAAUUUAAUUCAUGAAGAUCGGGAUAUUCCCUUGGCCUCUGUUUCGCACAUGCUAAUGCAAUGGGGACAGUUCGUAGAUCACGAUAUCACGGCCACUGGUCAGAGCAGGGGAUUCAACGGAACUGUACCACAGUGCUGUCUAGAUCGUGGGGCUGGUUUCCAAUCCCCAGAAUUCAUGCAUCCUGACUGCUUGCCCAUUGCUGUAAGCCCAAGAGAUACCUUUUUUAGUAGACUCGGAGUAAGAUGCCUUGAGUUCAUGAGAAGUGGACCAGCUCCAAGGGAAGAUUGUGAGUUUGGCCCACGGGAGCAAGUUUCCCAAGUGACUAGUUACCUGGAUGCAUCGACGGUCUACAGCAGUAAUGCCGUGCAUAGUGACAGUUUGCGGAUUUUUCGUGACGGACUAUUACAAUAUGGAAAGCUUCAGUCUCUAAGGCAUUCGCAUUUCAGAGAUGAGUCAGAUAUAUGUCAACUUGGUUCCCUAUCUCAAAGUUGCUUCAAAGCUGGAGAUGGUCGUCUUGGAGAAAACCCGGCACUAACAUCACUCCAUGUCGUCUUCUUAAGAUUGCACAACAGAAUAACAGCACAGUUUCCUACACUAAAUCCACAUUGGAGCGAUGAGAAAAUGUUUCAAGAAACUCGAAAAAUCGUCGGUGCCAUCGUACAACAUAUCACGUAUCGAGAAUUUCUACCAAUUGUCUUAGGUCCCGACGUUAUGAAGAUUUUCGAACUCGAUGUGCUACGAAAAGGAUAUUUCGAAGGAUAUGAUCCCACUGUCAAUCCAAAUAUGGCAAAUGAGUUUGCAGCAGCUGCGUAUCGAUUUGGCCAUUCUUUGGUUCAGCGAAGUUUUAUGAGAUUUGAUAGAAAUCACCGUCCACUUCUUAACAAUGUGUCAAUCCAUGAAGAAUUCUUCAACCCUCACGUUCAAUCAGCAGGAUCUUUAGACCGCAUAAUAUUAGGUCUGGUUAAUCAGCCAUCCCAAAAAAGAGACGAAUUCAUCAGCGAAGAACUAACCAACCAUCUUUUCCAGUCACCAUCAUUUCCCUUUGGGAUGGAUUUAGCUUCCAUAAACAUUCAAAGAGGACGCGACCAUGGCCUACCACCCUACACACACUGGCGCGUGCCAUGUGGAUUAUCGCCAAUAAAUAAUUGGGAUGAUCUGGAAAGAGUGAUGCGACUUUCAACAGCUCGAAAAUUUAGACGUAUUUAUUCAGCAGUAGAUGACAUCGAUCUCUUCCCUGCCGGGUUGGCAGAAAUACCAGUGGUUGGUGGUCUAGUUGGACCCACAUUUGCCUGCAUAAUUGCCCAGCAAUUUAGUAAUCUGAAAAAGGGCGACAGAUUCUGGUUCGAAAAUCCGAAUAAAGAAAACAGGUUUACUCCACAGCAACUACAAAUGAUUAGAAGCACAACUUUGGCACAGAUUCUUUGUAGGACAAUGGAUAACAUCGAGAGUGUUCAGCCUUUCGUAAUGCUAUUGCCUGAUAAUUUUAAAAAUCAACGAAUUUCAUGUAAUAAUCCAAGGUUUAGGAGUAUUGAUAUCCAGACUUGGGCUGAAGUGCCUCCUAAGAAAGCGAAUAAAACACGAGAAAAUGGAGAUUCUUUAAACAAUAGAGAAUCAGUUUCAAGAUCAGAUAACAGAAAAAAAACUGAACUGAACCAGAGACAAUCUAUGAGACCCACGAACCCUAAUAUUAAUCAACAAAAUAGGAUAGUAUUAAAAAGACCAAUUGGAAAUCAAGAAAAUAUAACUAUAGUCGUGAAAAAUUACGCCGUCAACUCUCCAGUAUUCGUAAACGAUGCCAUCUAUGGAUCUCACUUACAGCUAAACCCCCAGACUACAAAUAAACAUUCGACACUAAAACCAAGUGAAUUUUUCGAGGAUGAAAAUGUUCAGGAAUCUCCAUCUUAUCCAAUCCAGAAACCUGCAAAACCAAAACCAGUGAACCCAUCUGGCGGGUAUAAUCCUUACAUACCUCAGAGUUUUGAGGAUUCAAGCAAUCCUAAUCCUCCUAGUUACGGCUUUAGUCCUAGUCCUGCGAACAAUUACGUCCCCAACAAUGCGUUUUUCGAUACUCUGUACAACAACAAUUAUAAACCAAACGGGGAGAGACCUAAUUAUAAUUUAGAGAGUGGUGUCAAGCCAAUUUCUGAAAUUCCAGAAGAUAAUCCAGAUAAUUUCCCACAGAAUUCCUGGGCAGUAAGGCCAAGUAGUAAUAGCGAAGGUUAUCCCACAAGACCAACAAGUGGAUCAAAUCAACAUUUUUAUAAUUCCAAGCGACCUGACAACGUCCAACCAAUUGAUCAGAAUGUCCCCAAUUACAACAGACCAUUCAGUCACAAACCGAGUGAUCAGGAUAAUCCGAAUCAUCCAGUUGAUGUAGAAAGUUAUCAGCCAGUAAUAUCAAAUGUUCCUAGUUAUCAAAGGCCAGUUUCUAUUAAACCAACCACCCAAAGAUCGACGAAAAUACCAAGCUCAUCGUAUAAAAGACCAACUCAAAGGCCCGAGUCUGAUUAUAAAAACAGGCCAACUACAAAACCAGAAUCUCCUAGGCCUCAAUACUGGUCCGAAGAUGAUUCAGCCUUAGAUUCUUAUUCAGAUAUCAAUUACAAAGUUUUUAAUUCUGAUUCUGCACAUUCGAAGUCUGUAACUCUUCCAAGUUUUACGGUCGCCUCCGAAAGCUUAGAAACCGUUCGAUUUAGAGAACAAGUGAAGACUACUCCUAAGAGAAAAUCUGUUAGUGAACUUCCAAGACCUCUGAUUCCCCAACAUAGAAUUGAAGAUGAUUCUCUCGGUGAAAGAGCUGAAAUUGCUGGGCCUGGUCUUCAUUAUUUUAAUAAGAAUGUAUUGUAUAAAUACCCUCAAAAAAGAGAAAACCUGACGAAUUUUAGGCAUGAAAAUUACAGGUAUCAUACACUAAAUACAAAUGAUUCAAGUGUCUUAAGUAAUAGUAAACAUGCACCAGAGAAGGAAUUGAAGCUAUCAUCAUUUGUUGAUAGUAAAUAUAGAGAAGAAAACUUAAACAAUGAUUCAGUAGUCGUAGAAUAUACAAUAGAUCCAGAAAUACAAGCUCUGGUAAUUAAAGACGAGAUUAAACUCACAACGACACCCACAACAGUUGUUGCUGAUAAUAAUAGCAGCCAAUUGGAGUCGAGUAAGAAGUCUCAGGAUGAACCAAAAUAUUAUGAAGAUACUGAAACAGAAGCUGUCAUCGUAGACAGCAUCGCUGAUGAAAUUACGGUUUCACUCAUAAUACCUGACGCUUUAAUACCUUCGACGGACUCUUUCCCGAAUUUAACUCUUUCCAUGGAACAACCAGAAUUAAAUGUUGAAUUCCCUAGCAGUGAAGAGUUACCGAAACCUUUUAAGUUAAGAGCUCCCACCUCAUGAAUUUUCGGACUAUUUCAUCAUUGUAAUUUAUUUUAACUGACAGUUAAUUAAUUUCCACGAUAUUUUUAUACAAAAACGAAAAAUGUGAUACGUAAUGAAUCUGACGACAAAAUAUGUAAGAAUAUAUCAAAAAGCUGCUAGUCCGAAUUAUUAAGGGCCGACUCCACCAGCUGUGAUUAAAUCCAUGAUUAGCUAAUCAUGAUUAUUUUUUAAUUAGCGUUUUAAUCGCGAUUAACUUGUGGCUGAUUUCGAACUUGUAUUCGCGCGCAAAAUAUACCUUGACCGUUCACGAACAACGAACGGCGACGUGUUUUUUUUUAUGCAUAUCGUUUCCAAAUAAAUGGACAGGAAUUAGUUAUCGAUUAAAAUUGAAUAUAAGUUGUCUAAGUACAAGAUAUCGUUAUAAAUUCGAUCAAUAUUUCACACUGCACUUGAACUUCAACUUGGUGGUUAUGUUGACUCCUGUUAAUCGCUGAUUAACUCGCUAACCAGCCAAAAUGGCCGGUUAAGUUAAUCGAUGAUUAGACUUCUUUAAUCAUGUUUUA